AUGGCAACAACAAACUGCAUCCCUGAUGAGCCUCAGCCUAGAAGAAGGCAAGAUCUCCAAGAGAUGCUGACAGAAGUGGGGCUGUCUGUUGACUACUGGCUGCCUAAGCUUCAGGAAGACCUGGGUGUGAACUGUGCCCAGGCCUUACAACACUUAAAAGAAAAAGAUCUCCAGAAGCUGAAAUCCCAGACACAACACACAUGGGAGAAAAAGGCCCUAGAGAAGCUGCUUGACCUCUCACAGACAAAUAGUGUUGCAGAGUUCCAGGAGACUCCAGGGGAGAUGAUAAAGAACAGGCAGAGGCAGGCAGGACAGGCACUGCAGGAAUUGAGGGCCUUGCAGUCACAAGGGAAGCACAGACAGGAAGAGACAGUGAGGAGGAAAGAAGCAGAGCUGAGGCAAGCAAUGGAGAUCCCUGAGGAGUGCUGGCCAACUCCUGAAGUGCCCCUAAAAGAUGUCACUGAAACAAUGGAGAGACAUCUCAGUCACAUUGAACAGACACUGGCAAAUAGUCAAAACUUCUCACAUAGAGACCUGGUAAGAUGGGCAUCUGGAGGGCUGGCCCUGAGGGGAAUUUAUAAGACCAGACACCAAAAAAGCCUGAUUCAGAAGAAAGAAGAGCUACUCAGUGUCCCUAUGGAGUUUUCACUUGCUGGCCCAGAGCAUGGCACAUGGAUGGAAAUGAAGGAAUUUUCCUCUUUUCAAGAACAAGCCAUGUUCACACAGACUAUGGAGAAGCUGGGCUUCAGUCCAACCUUCUUAGCUAAAGGCGAAGGCUGGGGACUUAGUCUAGAAGCUGGUGUGGAUCGAAGCAAACAUACACAAUCUGGGGAUACCCACCAAUCACAUUCAGAGCAAUCUUAUUUCUGCUCAGCCAAGUUCAGAUACAUCCCACUGGCCACCUGCCACUUUCACAUCCAUCAGCUUCAACUCUCCAAGGCUGCUCUCCAGGAGCUAAAAAGUAUUGAAGAGCUCCUGAAUCAAACUACACACUCAGACAGAUUCCCCUUACUGAAGCACAGGGCUGAAAACUUUUUUCACAGGUUUGGCUCUCAUGCUAACCAAGGUCCUAUGCACCUGGGGGGAAUCUACUGUUGGAUGGCCAUUUCAGAGGGUUUCAAAAGAGAGCAAUUGGCUGAUGUAAAGCAGCAGGCAGCAGAAUCCUUGAAUAUUUAUGUAAGGGGCAGCUAUGGUGGCUUUGGAGUUAAAGCUGGUGCAAAUGUGAAUAUGUCAGACUUGCAUGCAAAAACAGCAUCUUACAGUACAACUCAUCAAAACUUUCAAACAAAGGUGAAACUCUCUGUUGCCCAGAUCGGUGGACCAGCAGAAGCAGAUGGAAUUGCUCAGUGGACAGCCGGUCUUGUUGCCAGCAAUCAAACAUGGUCUGUCAUCGACCGGGGACUUCAGUUGGUACCCAUUUGGGACAUCAUCCUCUCUAGCCACAAAAGUGAUUUUAAGGAUGCCCUUCAAGUGGCUAGCUGCCUGAAAGACAGCUACACUGCUCUGACUGGACUCAUUGCCCAGAUUCAAGAAGGAGAGGAAUUUCUUACUGCUGGAAAAGAAGCUAGGCUUUUCCUAGAGGAUGUGAAAUGCUGGGAGGUUUCUGAUCCUGAAGAACAGCUUAAUAAGUUGAUAGACUUUAUGCAAACAUUGAGUCAAAAAAUAAAAAGUUAUAACAUUUGGAUUAAUACGUGCCUCACAGAUUGGGAUCUGCAGAAUUUUCUAAUAAAUACUGUCAACUUUUGCAAAAAUUCUCCCACUUACAAAGCUCAGUUUAUUAAAUCUCAGUUCCGCAGCCUUCUAGAACCUCAUGUCUACAAAGUAACAAACUUUCCUCAGGCACAAUACAUUAUACAAUGGAUCAAUCAGUCAGAGUCAGAGGAAGAACAAGUCAAAAUCCCCUCAUUUUCUGAAUUCAUUAAAACCUUAAAGAAAAUCCACAAAAACCUAAUGGAAGUGAAUAUAAAAAAUGAGUCCCCAGAAACAGUGGAAGAAGCUAAAAGAAAGGCUACAUAUAAGGUGACCACAGCAAUUGGCUCCUUCUUGAAGUACCUCAGAGAAACAGAGCAGCCAGACAUGCAGCUGAUGCUACUCUCCAUCGCAGCUGGGGCAGGCUAUCAGUUGGCAAACAAUUUUUUUCUGCAUCUUCUGGGAUGUAAUGAGUUAAACUUCCUCUUGGAUCAAAUGCAAACUAUCCAACACAAAUAUCAAGAACUUAAAAAUAUUUGCAGCUACAGAGGACAGGCAUUCCUGGUGUUCACAGCUCUCAGAGCCACAGUUGAAAUCACAGAUAUUUCUACAGAAGAGAAAAGACAACGUUUGGCAUUAAUAAGACAACAUAUGGGACAACUGUUGUCUGAAGAAGUUGCACAUGUUCUCACAAAAUAUGGAGUACAUCAUGAUUGGGAAAAUCUGGAGAACGAUUUGAGAUUACUCAUUGAUGGGGACUAUAAAGCCACCAUUCCUUCCUUGAAAAUGGAUGAGGUAAAAAAACAAUUGCAAAGCCUCUGCCCUGAAAAGAAAGAGACUUAUAAACAACAAAAUAAUGAAAACGACAAAAAGGAUCUGAUAGAAAAAGGACCUUUCCUAGACUUACUCCAGCGUCUAGGCCUAGAACAUCACUACCCAAAAAGGAUGAGCAGAGCUGACUUCCAUUUGAUCUACAAGACUUCUGUGUACAAUACACAGCCAAGAUCUGAAAAGGAACUUCCCUUCUAUUUCCUACAAAAGCUACUGAUGCUAGAUUGUGGGUUCAGACAUCUGGUCUUCAAAAAUGACAAAAACAUAGAAAACCAGAUCUCCGAAGUUUCUUGUGAUCAUGAAAAUGAAGAUUUCGAUCCGUAUGAAGAUAUCAUUAAAGAAAAUGACAGUCUUACCUAUCCUUCAUCCACUGAGUCCUGGACCCACAUUCACCCAAUGGACAUCCAGAUGGCCAUUUUUCACUGUGCAGACGAUCUUGCCAGGCAGUAUAUAUUGUCCAAACUUUCCAUUUGUCAAUUUGCACUCCCUCUUGUGGUGCCAAAUCCCAACACGUCUCAGGUUGAAUUUUCUCUCUGGUCUCUCAGACAAAUUAGGAGAAGUUGGCAAAAUGAAAGUAAAUCACUACAGAACAAGAGCUACAGUCACAAGAAUCAGCAGAUGUGCCGUGUUGCCACCCCCAUUGUGUCCUUCAUUAGAGUUGGAAAUAGCCUCUCAGCUUCCAAGUCUCAGAUCAUGAACUCUCUCCUCAGUAAACAUAAACAUGAUGUGUUUUUUCACAGACACUGCAGAGGAAGCAGCAAAGACUGUCUCUUGAUGGAAGGAGUGGUGGAGAUCUGCUGGUUCUGUCCUGGGGGCCAAAGUGAGGACAGAUUUGACAAGUGUGUGACCUUCACCAAUCUUCAUGGAGAUGCCAAGGAACAUAGACAACAACUCAGCUUCUUACAAGAUGUCUCUUCUCUCAUUGUGAUCCUCAUGUCAGCUUCUGAUGACAAUAAAGAAAAUCAAAAACUUGUCAGACACCUCUGCAAGUCAUCAAGACCUCUAAUAUGCUUGAUUGAUGACAAAGAAAAGGCCAUAGCCAAUAAUUCGGGUAAAAGUAUGAGAAUUGGCAUCAGGAAUAGAAAUGAGGCCGAAUUAACAGAGGAGCUCACAAAUGCCAUCAAACAUUUUCUAGAACUCUCUAAUACUGCUUUCAGCUUAGAGGACUGUUCACAGAUGGCUCAAAAACAAGGAUUCCUUAUUGAUGAGGACCAGAAAGACUGCAAGGAAGCCAAAGAAAAGGCACAGACUAUAAUGGCCCUCCUGGAGGAAUCCAAGUUAUCUCAGACAAAAGAAAAUUUAUUACCUCUUCAGGGACAACUUUGGCACCUUUGGUGUAAGAAGGACAAAGAAUUCUAUCAUCUGAGAGAAAAGGGGAAUCGGAGCAUUGAACAACACAAGAGUGAGAUUGAGACAGAUAAAAGAAUAAUUCGAUGUCGGCAAUUGGAAAAAGCCUUUCCUCUCAAUGAUUUAAUGCGCUCUGUUCUUGAAGUUCUCCAAGAAUAUUCAGAAACUCAUAACAAACUCUACUUUUUGCAGUGGCUAAGUCUGUUUUUUGACAACCUGACUACAGAACACCUAGAAAAGUUGCAUGAAAAGCAAAGAUCUUUGUGGUUAAUGGCACAAAAAGAAAAACAAAAAUCACAGAAGAGCAGCUCCCUGACACUCUGGCAGAAACAGAUAGAAGCCAUCUCUACUGAAAUUCUUAACUGCACUUUAGGAACUGAGCACCUUCUCAGAGAAGUUGGACAGAUCUAUGAAGCUCUGGAAGAAAUUUCCUCCUCUAGAGAUAGCCUUUUUCUCUGCCUUCCUCAAAUAGCUGCAGACCUGAUGGUAGCUGGUGUUCCCAUUGAGCUCAUGGAUGGGGAUGCUUCAUAUGUGCCUCUAAAGUGGAUAGCAGCUGUUUUUGACAAGAUCUCAGAGAAAGUUGGAGAUAAAAGGCUGUUUGUCCUCUCUAUCCUUGGCCUACAGAGCUCAGGGAAGUCCACACUACUGAAUGCAUUGUUUGGGUUGCAGUUCACAGCCAGUGCAGGCAGGUGUACCAAGGGGGCCUAUAUGCAGCUCCUGAAGGUGGAAGAAACAUUCACAGAACUUGGCUUUGAUUUUGUGCUUGUUGUAGACACAGAAGGACUUCGAGCUCCAGAACUCAACAACAAAUCCCAGAAUUGGGACAAUGAGUUAGCAACCUUCGUCAUUGGACUUGGAAACCUGACUCUGAUCAACAUUUUUGGGGAGAAUCCCUCUGAGAUGCAAGACAUCCUACAGAUAGCUGUCCAAGCCUUUCUAAGGAUGAAACAAGUGAAAAUCUCCCCCAGUUGCCUCUUUGUCCAUCAAAAUGUGGGAGAAGUUACAGCUAAAGACCAAAAUGUGGAAGGGCGAAGGUGCUUAGAGCAGAGACUGGAUGAAAUGGCAGUAACAGCAGCAGAACAAGAAGAGUGCUCAAAUGUAUCCCACUUCAGUGAUGUCAUUAAGUUCGAUGUCAAUAAUCAUGUCUACUACUUUGCCCACCUCUGGGACGGUAAUCCCCCAAUGGCCCCUCCCAAUCCUCGUUAUAGUCACAAUGUCCAGGAACUAAAGAGUAUAAUUAUUUAAAAUGGCAAACAGGAAUCCAGAGGUAGCAUCAUGAAGAUUUCAGAUGUCAAAUUUAGAGUUCAAGAUCUGUGGAAAGCCCUAGUAAAUGAGAACUUUAUUUUCAGCUUCAGGAACACCAGAGAGGUCAUGGCCAUGAGCAAGCUGGAAACUAUGUAUAACCAUUGGACCUGGGAGCUGAGGAGUCACAUGCUGGACUUUCAGAACCAGCUGAUCAAUCAGAUUCAGAAUGGGAAAGUUGAGGCACUCAAAACAAGCAUAUUUGAGGCUCCAGUCACAGAAAAGUAUACAGCAAUUAAACAAGAACUUGAAAAAUAUUUUAAUGAAGAUCCAGACAAUGAAAUACUGGUUCAAUGGAAAUCAAAUUUUGAAAAUAAGCUCAUAAUCUUAAAAGAGACACUUAUUUCAGACACCAGAAGGAAAGCCAAUGAACUUAUUCAUUUAAAAAAAAAUCAAGAAAGACUGGAUAAGAAAAAGUCAAGUUAUGCAAAUGAAUUAUUGGAAAGGAGCAGAAAGUUGGCUUUAACUGUAAAGGGUAAAGAAUUAAAUGAAGAAGAAUUACGUGAAAAAUUCGAUCCACUUUGGAAAAAAUGGGUCUGUGAUGUGUCCUCAGAUCUUCCUCCAGUCAUAGAACCUGACAUUGACACAGAUUCUGAAAACAUUCUUUGGGAGUAUUUCCAAAAGGAAAUAAACAUGGUAGACACACUAAUGAGAAAUUCUGGAGAUAAAUUUCAAAUAAAUUAUGAUGAACAUGUAAAAAUGAAUAAAAAGUAUAACUUCAUGACUAGGACAUUAAAGGUCUGUGAUAGGGAAUCCAUUAAUAUGACUACUGACCAUAUUAUUUCAAGAUUUAAUGAAACUAUCAACAAUAUUCAUAAGCAACAAUGUGAUUACAAUUCAAGUUAUUUCCAUGAAAUCCUGAGGAUAAUAGAAGAAGAAGUAAAAUCUGCACCUACUGAGGGAAGAUACACAUUUACAAGCAAAUAUAUCCUUGAGUUGUCAUUAUGCUUAUUCCAAAGAGCAUCUAAGAGUUUUAAGGAAAUGCACAAAGCAUUCAAGAGAGCAAAUGAUCCUGUGAACUAUCUGGAGAGGAAGAAAGAUGAUUUCUUCAUGAGUUUUAAGAUCUCCUGCCAAGGUGCCACCUCCAUCAAAACAUUUGUUGAUUUUCUUUGGCACAAGCUCACCCCUGCUAUCUCUGCCACCAUACGGGGGAAAAUGGUCAUUAAAAUUGCUGGAGCAAUGAGAGCCACCUGCCCUGCAUUCAAUGGAAACAGGGCUAACCUGGAGAAACAUAUUCUCAUUUCUCUGGCAGAAGAAGAAAACUUUGAUAAGUAUUGGCAAUACAUUCAUCAGCCAGAAUCCUUUUUCAGGGAUUACAUUAGUGAUCACAUUAGAAGAUACUGUUCAGAAAAAGAAGGUGAAAAAGUAAAUACUUUUUUAAAAAUAAGUUUAGGUGACAUCAAGAAUGCCAUCCUCACUGCCAUUCAUAAGACCACAGAAGUAGCUAAUGAUAACAACAGCACUGCUUCUGGCUGGUUGGAUUUGUUCUGUGAUCACCUAGGGAGCAACCUGAUCUUUCCAAGAAGAGACCUGAUAAGCAUCGAGCACCAGGAGAUUAAGGAUACUGAAUUUCUCAAAGAAGCUAUGAGUGCAGCUUUGGAUCCUGCAAUGAGGAAAGUAGAAGAGGAUUGCUCAAGGAGACCCAUAGAUGAAAUGGUUCCUGACAUUGAGAAGAUUCUCUCUGAACAUCUUUGUGGCUGCUGGAAUCAGUGUCCUUUUUGUAAAGCAAUUUGCACAAACACCAUCCCCCAACAUGAAGGAGACCACAGUGUGCCAUUCCACCGUCCUCAGUCUGUCAGGGGAGGGGGAUGGUAUAAAACAAAUGACUUUGACAUUAGCUGCUGUAGUACUUCAGUAUCAAGUAAUAAUUUAUUUGUUUUAAGUGAUGACAAGAAAUUCCCAUAUAAGAAAUAUCGAGAAGCAGGAGGUAAUUUUGCCACAUGGAGCAUCACCCCAGACUCAUCUACCCAACCAUACUGGAAAUGGUUUAUCUGUCACUUCAGAUCAGAGCUUGAGGUGAAAUAUGGGAAAAAAUUUACGAAUUUAGGCAAGAUUCCAGAUUCUUGGAACAAAAUCACAAAGCAAGAAGUACUUGAUGACUUAAAAAAAUAA